GUGUUGUGCCCACAGUGGGGCCACUUCCACUCCGCUUCCGAAGUUGACUCUCUCCUCUCCUCCUCCCCGGGCUCCGGCGGAAGCAAGAACACCACAUCUCGCUGCCAGGUACUGCGCCGUGCGCUCCUCUGCUUCGUGCCCCCCACCUCAUACCCCUACCCCUACGCUGGUGGCAAACAUCUCUAGCCGCUGCAGGUUCUCCACUGGCCUGCUCAAUCUCCUCUUGGAAACACCAGGCGCGGGUCGCGGAUCAGGUUGGACUUGUGAUUGGUAAUCAGUAAUCACGCGUAUUCUUUGGCGAUUUGACUUCAAGACGGCGAGGAACUCGGCUCCCCCGCGAUGGAUCUACCGAGACGAGGCGGCGACCACACCCGACGAUGGAGGACCAAUAACCUUGAGCAACAAGGGAUAAUGGCCUCCGCCAACAACUGCGACGAGGAGGCCGCGUUGAAGGCGUUCCACGAGGCCCGAGGCGGCGUUCGCGGCCUGGUUGAGUCCGGCGUCGCCACAGUGCCGCCAUUGUUCCUGGCACCCAUCGCGCCAGUGUCCUCGCCGGCCAGGAACUUCGCCAUCCCGUCCGUCGACCUCUCCCUCCCGCGCUCGGACGCCGCCGCGCUCGUCCGGGCCGCCGCGCGCUCGUGCGGCAUCUUCCACGUCACCAACCACGGCGUCCCAGCCGGCACCGUCGACUCCGCUCUCGCCGUGGUCAGGGCCUUCAACGAGCAGCCCCUCGCGGCGCGCUCGCGCUUCUACGGCCCCGCCGGAGGCAUCAACUACUACACCGUAGCCAUCCCGCGGCUGAGGGAUGGCCGUCCUGCAACCACUCCCCGCCUGUCAUGGUGCGACACGCUUAUUGUCAUGUUCGACCAGCCAAAAGAUCCUGGCCUCCUCAGCCUCCCCGCAGCAUGCCGGGACGCGUUGCUGGAAUACCAUCGGUCGCUGUCGAGGUUGGCGAAGGAGAUUGCCGGCCUGCUGUCGGAGGGGCUCGGGGUCGGCGCCGACCGGCUGGAGCGGGUUGAAGGGGCCCUGAUGCAGUGUCACUACUACCCGCCGUGCCCUGAGCCGGAGCGGGUGAUGGGCAGCCGUGAGCACACCGACGGAGAUUUUUUCACGGUGCUUGCCCAGGACGGGGUCGGCGGGCUACAGGUGCGGCUCGACGACGGCGAGUGGGUGGACGUAGCGCCGGUGCCCGGUGCGCUGCUUGUCAACAUCGGGGACGUGCUAAAGGUGGUUUCAAAUGACGAAUACAAUAGUGCAGAGCACAGGGUGGUGAGCAAAUCCAAACAAGAGGCCAGGGUCUCCAUUGCCCUCUUCUUCAACCUUGCAGAGUAUGGCGAGUCUGGUCUCUUCAGCCCUCUGCCGGAGCUGGUGACAGGAGAAAAGCCUGCACAGUACAGGAGUUUAAGCUUGGGGGAGAUGCUGGGUAACAGAGUCGAAUUGGGGCAUGCCAAGCCGUCGACACUUGAUCAUUUCAAGGCAACUUUGAGUUGAUUGUCGAGAUUUAGCACUACAUCCUGUCAAUUUGUCGAGAGAAUAUCCUGACGAUUAUUAGUUAUGUUGGCUCUAGCUACUUGACCAUAACAAUGCGUUGUUUUCUGGGGCAAUUUUGGCCUGCUCCUAUCUGUAGUUGUAACUGUGAUUUUACACUAUUAUUUCAACUUUGUUUGGCCCCUGCA